GCUGUUGUAAUCGUUGUCAGCUCAGAAAAGCGUAAUACUUGUGUCACACACAACGGGUGCAAAGCGUGUUGUUAAAGUAGCGAAUUAUGAGUGCGUACCGAUCAGAUCAGUGUGUGAUGUUGCGUGUGUGUGUUGUGUUGGUACUGGCGCUGGCCACGCUCUCUACCGCCUCUGAUGUUAACAUGGGCUUGUGUAACUGUAACAUCUCACCUGAUACCGACACCUGCUUCAGCGACAUCGCGCUGGAGAACAUUGGCAGAUGGGAGUGGAAAUGGAUUACGAAAACCAACAACACCAAGCACUGGGGAAUGGCUCACUCUAUAACCAGACCGACUGGCAUGAAGGAUGGGGAGUUCAGCUGUGUUGUCUACUACACAUCAAAGUUUGGUUAUUAUAAAAUCUACUCACAAUAUCUAAUCUACGACUUGGGAUACGGAAGAGCUUAUGGGAAAGCGUUUGGCUCGAACAUGGAUGUGGAAAUAUACGUCCUAAAGCAUGUACCUCAUAAAUAUGUCUGCCUUUACUUCUGCAGUCAUAAUGGAAAUGAUGUUAUUCUAGACUACCGCGUGGUGCUCACCCACAAGAACUGUCUUACGUCGGCGGAAUUAUUGGAAAUUGAGGCAAUUGAAAAGUAUUAUAACUUUGAUGGAGAGCUAAUGGAGCUUGAGACAGAUGAUUUAGGAAAAGCUUAUUUGUAGACACGAUAGACUUAUGGACAAAAACUAAUUAUACGAAUUGCAAAACA